UUUGGUGUAAGUGUUAAACCAUCAAACAAACGUUUCAAAAAAAUAAGUGGAGAAGAAUAUGAAGAAAUGAUAGAAUUCUUUAAAAACCCGGAAGAAUUUAUUAUUCCUCAAACGGAAAAUAGUGGAAAAAACAUAAAAGAAAAUAAAUGGAAGAGAAAAUUGAGUGGAAGAAUUAUGAGAUUUAUAUUUAGGGAAAUGUUAAAAAUGGAAAAGGAACUGAAAAAGGAAAAGGGAAAAGAAGAAAAUAAUGAAGAAAAUUCUUUAGAAGAUGUUUAUUUGAAUGAUUUGUUAAAUGAAGAGUUUAAAUGGCUAAAUUUGGGAAUUAAAAAUGAGAUUUGGGAAUGGAUUUUGAAAUUAACAAAAAAGGGAAAGAUAAAAGUUGAGAAAUAUAGAAAAUUCGAUGUAAAUGUUUUAAAAGCUAUUAGAAGUGAUUUAUUGGCAAUUGAUGAAGAAAUUAAAAAUUGUUAUGGAUUAAAGGGUCCUCUACUAAAAGUAUUACGAUAUGAGGGUAUAGAUGACCCUAUACAUCAGGAAUUUCGCGGAAGAAUUGGCGCGCAAAUAAUCGGAUCAGUUUACAAUGCUAAACAAUUAACUAUGGAUAUUUUGAACGGGUUGUUAUGGAGUUUAGGCGGUGCUGGUACAAUUGCACUAAUUUUAGACCUCGGUCUUUGGCCUUUAUGUAUUUUUCUAAUUUCAUUAUCUGGAUGUCCUCUCUGUGCUCAUAUUAUUGGGAUAUUUCUUUAUUCGCUGACUCCUCUGGCGGCUGAAACAUUUGAUUCUCUUGUGAUUAAACGCCUUUUAAUCUCACUUGAUGGAGGCAAAUUUUUCCCUUCUACGCUGGACAAAUUUCUUGAUGAUUUGAAGGGUGCUUUCAAAGCGGGUACGAUUGCUUCUGGCGGUUCUUUAAUGAACAAUGCAUUAGCAAUGGAAAAGAUUGGGAAAGCAUUGGGGAUGUCAGCGAUAGGACCAAAUUUGCCUACGAAUAUAGUAGCUACAGCUACAUCUGGCGCAAUGGUACCUUUAGAAUUCCAUGAAUGGCGUGACCUUCAACGUGCCGCACUUUACAAAUUAUAUGACCAAAAAUUUUUGCCAAAACCAAAUGGUGAUACACUCGUUGUUGAAUGGAGGGAAAAAUCAAAAAAGAAAAGGGAAAAAUUUUGGCAUAAAAUUACUUUUCGCUCCUUUGCUCCAAAAAAGCCAGAAACAUCUCCGGUUAUUACAAAUGAAGAAAGAAACUUAGCUUUCCGUGAACAUAUUAAAGAAAAAAUUGAAGCAUCAAUGGAUAUUCAGAAAAAAUCUUCAAUGGCAAUUAAUUCAAUGGGAAUUGGGUCUUUAUUAAGUCAAAUUGUUUUAAUUACUUUCUUUUUUCCAUCACUAUAUGGAAUGCCAAUAGUAAUUCUGAAGAUUGCUUUAAUUAUAAUUAACACGCCGACAGAAAUCUGUUCAUUUGUUGCUACCAUUGUUUCGGCGAAUAGUCUUGGAAAUGAAUAUAUUGAAAAGUGGUGGAGUACGGACACAAUGAAAAAUAAGCAAAUGGUAAGAUAUUUUUCUGAAAGAUUAUAUUGGAGUUGUUAACUUUAAAA